UGAAAAUGGCCUUCACGAAUAGAUGAUUUAAAAUGUCCGACCCGUCGUCGAUUCUACAAGGUUUCAAAUUGAAUUGGAUGAAUUUACGGGACGCAGACAGUGGAAAGGUUUUGUGGCAAAGUACUGAUGAUCUAUCAAUUCCAGACAUUGAACAUGAAGCAAGGGUUCCAAAAAAAAUUUUAAAAUGUCGAGCUGUAUCGAGAGAAAUAAAUUUUUCAUCAAUUGAAGAACUGACAAAAUUCAGAUUAGAACAGCGUGUGCUCUUUAAAGACAAAUGCAUUGAAGAAUGGUUUUUUGAUUUUGGUUUCGUCAUUCCCUGCUCGACGAACACCUGGCAGUCGAUCAUCGAGGCGGCGCCAGAAGGUCAAAUGAUCCCUGCCAGUGUCCUCAGCGGCCAUGUUGUGAUCGAAACAAAGUUCUUCGACGAUCAAAUUCUAGUAAGCCAAUCACGUGUCAGGAUUUUCUACGUUUAAUCGGCCUAAUUAAUAUUCAUGGCCAGAUGAUUAAUAUUCAUGAACUAAAUUAAUAAUUUAUAAUUUGGUAGUCUAUUAACUAGUCUAUUUGGUUAGAUUUAAAUGUUGUACUAGCUAUUAACCUAGGAUAAAGGUUAUGGUGAAGAUUACGAAAAAAAAUUUCGGUUAUGUAAAUUUGGUCUAAGGUGUGAUUAAUGAUAAAUGAGGAUUAUGGUAUGAUGAUGAAGAUGAUGUUGGUGGUGGUUGUGAUGAUGAUGAUGAUUUACGAAACAAUUAUCAGGAUUUUGAUUUCAAAAAUAAUAACAAUGACGAUUAUGAAAUAAAUUUCAUACGAUAUUUGGUCGGGGAUUAUGAUGAUCGCCGAGAUAGCUCAGUCGGUAUGAGUGCCAUACCUCGCGAUCCUAU